AUGCAAAAUGAAGAUUCGACGGGAUAUCUCGACAAGAGAGGAUUAAGAACCGCAAAUGAAAGUAAUUCGAAUCAUAACUAUAACCUUAAAAUAAAUGAUGAAGAACUUGAUCCUAAAGAUUUUUACAAACAAUAUAAGACGACAAUCAUUAGUAUCGGUGUAUUCUUGGGUUUUCUCAUCAUCUGCUAUUUAAUAGCAUUAUUUAAACAUAAAAAGGGAAAAAAUUCAGUCAUAUUUUCGAUGACAUUGAUAUUAUUGGAUUUCGUUUUCGACGUGCUCUUUAUCUUAAAAAACGGAAAAGACGUUCCAUGGCUUUAUAAACCAUAUCUUAUUGUUCUAGUAGGACCAAUCGUUAUAAAUUGUUUGCUUUCAUUUGCAAUCAUAGUUCAUGAAUGGAGGAACAAUAAAAAAUUUAAAACUUGGUUAGGAAAGCAUUCACAAUUUGCGGCAAUAAUGACAGUUGUCGCAGGAGCAGAUAUUGAAGCUCUGAAAUUACUUAUUUCGCAGCUCGCUGGAUAUGAAAUGUUUGACGCAAAGUUUUCUUUAAAGGCUAAAAGAUGGAUUUUAUAUGGUAGCGUUAUUAAUUCUCUUUUCGAAGAUUUACCCCAAUUUGUUAUACAGAUUUUAUAUAAAGAGAAUACGGAUAAUGAUUAUUCGUUAAUACCAUUCGUGACACUCAUAACAAGUACGGUAGUAUUGCUCAUUGAUAUCGUAGGUCGAAUUUAUGAUGCGCUAAAUAGUUCAAAUGAUAAAGCUGCUGAAGACGCGCUUCCAUCAAACUCUCGUGAGACUCGUGGGGGUACCAAGUGA